AUGGAUGACAAUCAAUCAGCCGCGAAUGAAAUUCAUUCAACCAUGAAUGACAUUCGAUUUAGCCGUUGGUUAAUUACGUUAAUCCUUAUACCGAUUUUUGCAAUAAUUCUAGCACUAUUAAUAUGGAGAAGAGUAAAAAGACGUAGACAGGGGAAAGUUGUGCCUGUUUAUAAUACUGCACCUCAGGGUGGUGGUGGGGCUUAUGCAAUGUAUGGUCCACCACCUAUUCCCAAUGGUCAAUAUUAUGGCAAUAACAAUAUGGACUAUGCUAAACAUCAAGAAAACUUUUCUUAUGUGCCUCCCCCUUAUCCACAACAAAACACACAAGGACACACACAAGGGCAUUACCAAGGUCAAGAUGGAGCAGAGGCCAGUCUGGGGUAUAUUCCACAACAACAAGGAGUAUCAGAUAGUACGACAAAUUACAGUGCACCCGACGGGCCACCUCCUGCUCAUUCCAAGUAG